CAAGUUCAGCAGGUACAGUCUGCCCAACAGCUACAACAGCAACAGCAACAACAACAGCAUCAGCAGCAGCAACAUCAACAUCAUCAACAACAGCUGACGCAGCAACAACAGCAUCAGCACCAUCAACAACAGCAGCAACAACAUCAACUGCAACAACAUCAAAUCACCGCACAAAUACAAACCAUGAAAGAUCAACCACAACAACCGAUGGCGCCAAUGGCCUUCUAUCCUACAUGGCAAGCCGACCCCUCACAGGGCUGGCAGAAUCAGUUUAUCCAGCAAAUCCCACAGAAUACUCCACCCAUUUCAUCGCUCAACUCGUUGGAUUUCCAAACGCAGUCAUAUGCCUACCCAUCAAAUGGAUAUGUGCAGACCGGCCUCGGAUUCGAUCCGAAUUAUGGGCGCUCCCCAUAUGGUGCUCCGGUACAGCGUUACGAUUUCCAGAGCCAGCAACUACCGACUGCGCCCAUUAACCAAGUUGGCCUGCAGGGUGUUGGUUUCAGUCCGGCCGCUGUUACGUACGCCGGUCAGGUGUCGGCAGCACCAGCUCCACCCGCAGUUGGUUUGCAACAACAGCAGCACUUGGGUGUAUCUGGUGAUUUGAAUAAGACGAUGUCGGGAAACGACACGCCUGGAUAUCCGCGAGUGAGCAGCGUGCCGCCGCGCUCACUCAACUGUAACGGGUAUUCAGGCGACUACAGCGGCUCAAGUCAACAGCAAACGUCUGCAUCAAACAACAGCUCAGCUACGGUAGCAGGCUCCGCUCUUGCCGCCAGCAACUCGAGCACUACUCCACUCAAUGGCGGUCAAACUACAGCAGCGCCGUCAUCGGCUCCAACGGAUGCAACACCAAUGCAACCGCCUAACGUCUCGUCUGUGCCACAAUCGCCGACGCGUAAUCUGAUGCAACAACAACAGCAGCAACAACAACCCCGCCAUGUUUCUCAAUCACCGAACCAUAUUCCUCAAUCGCCCAACGGCAAUAUGCCUUCGGCUCAACAAACCUACGGUGCCAACAUUCCACCCUCGUCACUUCAUAACUCCAUGCAACAGCAGCAGCAGCAGCAACAACAACAACAACAAGCACAGAAUCAUAUUUCGUCGCCACCACAACCGCAGCAACAACAACAAAUGCAACAGGACUGGAAUUGGAACACCCAGCCCCAGCAGACAUCUGCAGUUGGUGCUGCAACCGACCCUUACCAGCAGGGCGAACGUGUGAAUCUCAACACACGCAUCAAAUCGAUGAUACUUCGCAAAAACGAUCCCAAAGAUCCUCUAUCGAGUGCUCCAAGUGAUCUGCAUAUGGCCAACAAUCCGGGAGCUAUUGGUUCCGGCCCUACCGCGCUCGGUACAUCGCAACAACCACAGGCCGGUCAUUUUUUAUCAUAUAGCCACCAUCUCCGCGGCGAUUCAGUGAUGAACGCCAAUGGUACGACUGGUGCUAAUAUAUCCGGCACACAGUCUUCACAGCAGCAACAACAACAACAGCAGCAAAUGCAGGGCAUUCAAACGUCCAGUAGUGUGGGUCUUACACCCGGACACAGCACAUUAGCGCCAGAACCAAUAGGAGGUGGUGGCGAUCAAAUUUGGAAACCACACCAUACAAAUUCGUUUAAGAAACCAGUGGCAAGUAGUUUUCCAGCACCCGAACAUCACCAUCAACAACAGCAUACUACAAUCAGUCAUGGUGGGCACACCACCAUUGCACAUUCUGAACCACAACCAAAAAAAUCGAGUCGUAAAAGUAAAAGUCGGGCGGCAGCAGCAGAGGCAGCAGAACAUGAUAAAAAUAGUAAUGAUCCUGGUGGUGGACUGCAUGGUCCCGUACAUGGUUCACACAGCAUAAAAUCUAUGGAUAAGACUGGCUACCCUCCCUCCCAUGGCUAUCCGCCGCCACAACAUCCCGACUACCACACACCGUACAUCAAAACUGAGCCCGGCCUCUUGCCCACCCAGCAUACCAAAAUGGAGGGCUAUGAACGCAACUACCAAAAUUUUAUACAAUAUGCUGAUUUUUGCCAGAACGAGGUGCAGGGCAUGCCAUCACAACAGCAACACCAUCAGAACCAGCAGGACUAUGCGAGUUAUCACAACUCACCAUACUACGGCAGCUCCAGCUCAUUCCAACAGAGCUAUCAACAGAACUUCGUACCAGGCUAUCAGCAUUCAUCAGCAGGCAUGGGUUACGGCAGCACGCAUGGCAUGCAUCCGCAUCAUUCAAGCUCUUUGGGACAUUCUAGCCAUCUGAAAGCGUCCAAUGGGCCACUAAUGAAGAGUAGUAAUAGCGUCGGUUUGCAUCAUCACAACAAUCACUUGAUGGAUAUUGAUCGGAAACCAGAUACCAAUAGCAUUAUACCCUUACCCACAAACUACGAGAAGGACAUACCAGCGCAUGCCUAUCCCAUACCACCUCAUCGGUACCAUCUAGGCCCAACACCUUCCCAUUUAGGUCACACCAUGAUCGAGCCCAAAAUUGAAGACAUGGGCGUACUGGGCCAUAACGCCGGUUACCCAUUUUUAGGCGAAGGCGGACCGGCGGCCAUCAAAAAUAGUAGUGGCUUUUCGUGUUGUCGUCAAGGCAGCACCCGCACACCCACCGCUGAACACCUCAAGGAUGGGACUUGUACAGGCAUCCAAACCAAGGACGAAAUAAUGGAGGAGCCGAUAGAGGAGCCAGCAGAAAUUAUCAGUGGCACGAAGCCUAAGAAGAAGGGUGCAAAGCAAGAAGAUAAUGAAAUUGUGGUUAAGCAUGAAAAAAUCAAUCCUUUGUUCGAUACCUCAGAUCGGCUGGAAAAGGGCAAUAAGACGGAGAUACCUGAGUGCGAAUGCUUCCAUUCCGAUAAAAAUCCACCAGAACCAGGAACAUACUAUACCCAUCUCGGCACUGCUUCGACACUGGCCGAGUUGCGUAGAGAAUUCGAAGAGCGUUGCCAGAUAUCCGGUAGGCAGCUGCGUAUAGAGAAAAUCAUUUACACAGGCAAGGAAGGCAAAACAACCCAAGGUUGUCCACUAGCGAAAUGGGUUAUCAGGCGCGCCGAUCCAGAAGAAAAGAUUUUGGUUGUUGUAAAGAAGCGGCCAGGGCAUAGGUGCGCAGCAGCUUUUAUAAUUGUUUGUAUGGUUGCUUGGGAUGGUAUGCCACGUCUUGAGGCGGAUAAUGCUUAUAAAAAUCUGAUACCAAAGCUCAAUAAAUUCGGACUUCCAACAACGCGCCGUUGUGCCACAAACGAAAGUCGCACAUGUGCGUGUCAAGGCCUCGAUCCUGAAACUUCAGCUGCAUCCUACAGUUUUGGCUGUUCUUGGUCUAUGUACUACAACGGGUGUAAGUAUGCCCGCUCAAAGACUGUGCGCAAAUUCCGACUCUCUGUAAAGAGCGAAGAGUCGGUUAUCGAGGAUCAUAUGAAUCUUUUAGCCACGGCAUUGGCGCCAUUGUUCAAACAAGUAUGCCCUCGGUCAUAUGACAAUCAAACUAAGUACGAGAAGGAAGCGACAGACUGUCGACUCGGUCUGGAAACUGGCCGACCUUUCUCGGGCGUUACCGCUUGCCUAGAUUUUUGUGCACACGCUCAUAGAGAUCUGCAUAAUAUGCAGGACGGGUGUACAGUGCAGGUGGCACUGCUGAAGUCUUCCAACCGUGAUGGCCGUCCGCCUGACGAUGAGCAGCUACACGUGCUGCCGCUCUACACCAUGGACACAACGGACGAAUUUGAGAGUAUGGAGGGCCAACGGGAGAAGCAUCGCACCGGUGCGGUGCAAGUAUUGGACAAAUUUUCUUGCGAAGUACGCGUUCGCUCCACGCCGCUUAUACCCUGUCGGCGUCACGGCAAAAAGCGCAAAGAAGAUGAAAACGUUGUACCAGAAGCAGAGGCCGCUGCUACCACAACCGUAACCACACCUACUACACCCACGCCUGCUGCCACUCCACAACCAACAACUAAUUGCACCAAUGUUAGCAACGCUAAUGGCUCAGCAACCAACGUUGCCAACAGCAACUUAGCAGCUUCUGUAAAUGGCAAGAAGGAAGGGGGAGGCAACAGUAAAUCAAAGUCCAAAUCAAAAUCAGGUGCAGCAGGCAGUACAGCCGCCACAACUCCAUCGUCAGCACCCCCGUCGACCCCUUCGCCGCGCUGUCAAACACCGGUAACCAACAACCCCAGUCCUGCAGGAAGCGCUUUUACUACGCCGCCAGUCAACAAUGCUAACAAUACUCACAUGAACACCGCUGUGAACAAUGCGGCCGGAGGUAAUCCACCCAAUCAACUCAUGUCGUCCAAUUCCAGUCUAAUGAAUAUGGCGACUAUGAUUGAUACCUUCACAGAUGCGCAGUUGCAAUCCAAUCAGAUCUCAAGCACGGUACUCGAUUCGCCUUAUUCGUACGACUACCAGACUGGUUCCUACAUAGAUUCACGAAACUACUACGGAAACUGGCCCCCGCCGCAUGCUACUCAUGCUACUCACGCCGUCAGUAUGGGUACGCCAUCAGGCCCGGCGACUACACCAAUGGCGCCACCGCAAGACAAUGUGCACCAUACUACCACCGCUCCACUUACGCCUCACCACGAUACGAGCGCUACUUACGCCAACAACUACAAUAAUCUGCCUACAGCUGGCAGUCAACAAUUGACGCAAGUGCAUGAUGUGCGCGGGGAAGUAAAAAGCCGCGGCAGUGAGGAGAACCCCGACUCCACAACUAUAGUAAAUAAUAUAGUAAAUAAUACUUUAGCUGAAAGUAAGUUGACCACUCUCACUCCAUUGACACCAAUGACUAAUCUAACUCAACACCACCAUCAUCCUCACCAUCAUGCUAUGCCCAUCGAAGAAGGAUUCGUCAAACCGAAACCACCGGCAGACUAUCAGUACACUCAGUACCCGAGCAACUACCAAAUGUAUCCGACGCCACAUUCGGCCUACUCGGCGUACGAUGCCUAUCAGAAUAUGAACUACAACUAUGGGUAUCAUCAAGCGUACUCACCUUACAGCAUGUAUCCACAGCAAACACCGCCACCCACGCCACCUACACCAUCACCAAAUUGGAACAUGUACGGCCAUCAUCAAAGCACCGCAUCUUCGGCUGCUUAUGCCCCGACAGUACUGCCGCCAAACAGUGGUGCCCAUCAACAUUCAUCGCUCGCCACCGCCGCACCACAAAUGCAAACACAAAUGCCGUUGCCCAACGGUAAUCUGAAGCCCGCACUUCCCACGCUGGUUGUACCACCCACACCAACAACCGACACCCUACAGAUGCAAGCGCAAGCACAGACUCAACUGCAGGCACAAACGCAGAUACCAGUGGUACCACACCAGACUGUCCUCCCGGAUCUCAGCAUUACCAACACUCCCAACAAUCAAUCCACGCCCACUAACGCAGAGCUCACAAACUCAAACCCAACGACUGCUGUCAACGUAACUUCGCCAAAUUCAGCAACCCCAAUAUCGGCCAUUAACAACGAUAGCAGCAACAACAGCACCAGCAAUAGCAACGACAACAGCAGUCCGACGGCAACGACCGCUUCCACUGCCGAAAACGGAACAACCGCGGGAGUAACAACGAACACAAGCACGUCAACAACAGGAACUACGCCGACCGCUGUAGCGACCACUUCCAACCCAAACAAGCUGGAACCGAUUGGGGAGGUAACAGAAAUCAACGACAACUAUGAAGCGUUCGCUGAUCCCCAAAUGGGCGGUGUGGCCAUAGCGCUCAAUCAUGGUAGCGUAUUGAUCGAGUGCGCAAAGCACGAACUACAUGCGACCACUGCGCUGCGAAAUCCCAACCGGCAUGAGCCAACGCGAAUGACCCUUAUAUUCUAUCAGCAUCGCAAUCUAAAUCGCGCAAGGCAUGGUAUCGACGAGUGGGAGGAGAAGAUGCGUGUGAAGAAGAUCAACACUGACCUCGAUAACAAAGCCAAAGAAGAACGCGAAAAGUUGAAGAAGGAGCGUGAAGGUGGCGAAGAGGAUGACGAGGAAGCAGAAAAUGCGCUCUCCAAUGGUGCUGCGCAAGGUUCAAGCAACAGCGGUAAGAAGGAUGGCGCCAACGCAAACAAUGCUAAUAGUAACGGCUCUACAGCACCUCCGGAGACGACAGCGACCACAGCGGUGACAACAGCAACUACGAAGAGCGGCGGCACAGGUGGUGGUUCGGCUAGCAAAAAGAAAAAGGAAUCGGGUAAGAAGAAUGCAAACUCAAAUGCAAAUGUGAACGAAAUUGCUAAUGAGAAUUCUGCUUCUUCCGUUGAGCAGGCAAAAAGCGAGAAACGAGUUGCACUCCACGCGCCAACACUAACAACAACCUCUUGGACGACCCUCUUCCCUAUGCAUCCGUGUGUGGUUACGGGACCCUACCAGGAGGGCAACACUAGUCCGUCAGCGGCUGCAGAAGUAGAGCAGCAGGUAGCACAACAACAACAACAACAGCAAAUGCAGCAGCAGCAACAGCCGCUUAAGCAGCAAAUGCCAGCUUAAGGGCAUAGCUGGUACAGUUCUGGUGAUGGAAAGUGCAUGGUCGGGCAUGUUUCUCAACGGAAGAGAGCCACGCACGCGUUAGAUAAGCCCAUUUCCCAGCCAGAAUGAACAGAAUGCGUUUGAAAUAUACGUUAACAUAUCAUCAGGAACGUUCUAAAGGAUAAGUAA